CUCCAGCCCCGCUGUAUCAACUGCAUUCUUGUCAUUCUUGUUCGUCCCGAGUUGAAAGAGCGAACGCAUUAAUUGUGCUCACUCUUCGUGAAUUUCGACUGCAUCGAUAGAGCUCUUAUCUGUGUUGGAGAGGUACAGUGGUGGUAUUGAAUUAGCAGUUGUCGCUCACUGUAGUGUGGUCCGUGUUCUUGCGGAAUAGAAGUGGACAUGGCGCUUUCGUUGCUCGGUGGUCGUGGCAACAGCAUUUUUGAUCCUUUCGAUUUCGGCAGCGCGUGGGAUCCUUUUCAGUCUCUGCUGGGAUCUGCACCGUCUUUGCAGUUUGCGCGAGAUGCACACAGUAUGGCCAGCACUCAGAUUGAUUGGUGUGAGACCCCAGAGGCGCAUAUCUUCAAGGCCGAUUUGCCUGGGCUGAGGAAAGAGGAGGUGCACGUGCAGGUUUUGGAUGGGAAGGUAUUGGAGAUCAGUGGAGAGAAGAAGAAGGAGGAGGUGCAGAAGGGCGAUACCUGGCAUCGUGUAGAACGCAGUAGCGGCAGUUUCUUGCGGCGUUUCCGGCUCCCGGAGCAUGCAAAUACGGAGAUGGUGAAUGCGCAGGUGCAGGAUGGAGUGCUGACGGUGACAGUACCAAAGCUUGAGAAGCCAAAGCCACGAGUGCGACAGAUCGAAAUCGCUUGAGUUUUGUGAAAAAAUUCACAUCGUGGUUCACCUGAGAGCAUGGGGCUGUGAGUUGGCAUUUUAUUUUGUCAAAUGAAGACUUCAGCUUACAUAUUUUGUAUUGGAGAGUUACAGGAAGUAGGCUGUUGAUUCUCAUGAUUUCCAGAUUAAAAUGAUACAUUUGUUCAGAACGUAUUAUAUGUAAAUAAAGCACAAACUCAUCGCCUCGUUUCUUUUAGUUUCAA